UUCCCUGUUCUCAAUGUCAUUAAUUUCUCCUCUCUCCCCUCCCUUUACCCACUCCCGCUCUCCAUUAUUCAAGUGCGACUCUUUGCGAUAUCCCUCCUUACAUUUUCUAAAUUAAUAAGACUUCAGCGCUCCAUUCGUCUGGCUCUGGCAGCCUCUGUUCGUUAUUGUUUACAAAAAUCACAUAUAGUGCGAUAGUCUCCAUCCUCGAAUAUCCACAUCCUUGAAUAUCCACAUCCUUGAAUAUCCACAUCCUUGAAUAUCCACAUCCUUGAAUAUCCACAUCCUUGAAUAUCCACAUCCUUGAAUAUCCACAUCCUCGUGCCACAAUGUGCGAAAACGCCGACGCUGGCAACGGGCCCUUUUGCUCACCCAAAGAUGGAGCCCAGAUCCAGGUGGGAAAGACCAUUGACGUGAUAUGGAAUCCGGCCUUCUUCAACUCGUCCUUCAACAACGUGGCCAUGAUCGAGGUGCAGGCCGACUUCCUGACGCGGCCCGACGAUAGCAACAAGGGCGGCGCCGACGGCUUCACAUCGCGCAUGCUCGACGCCAGCUCUGGCCGCUUCGCCUGGACCGUCUUGGCCGAGUACCUCGGCAGCACCCGCGCCAGCGCCGCCCGGCCCGCCCAGCUCUUCAUCAGCCAGCCAGCCAUCAACGUGGCAAACACAGGCGGAGACGGCGAUGGCAAUGGCGACGGCGAUGGCAACGGCGACACUGGCAACGGCAUGACGAUGGACGGGAGCAGCCAGACGCGCAUCCCCGGGCCGCGGGUACAGCUCAUCGGCCCACCAAGCGGAGGCGGCGGCAGCUCGAUGCCCAACCCGCUGAUCAUCGCGCUGCCGAUCGCGCUCGGGGUGCUGGCGCUGGGGCUGCUGGUGGCGUUCCUCGUGUUCCGGCGGCGCAAUCCCGGCAGGAUGGGCCAGCUCUUCUCGUGCGGCCGUAAGCGCGACGGCUACGGCGAGCGCAAGAGCCGCACGCAGCGGCUGCGCGGCCUCGAGAUCCGCAUGGUCGACAACAACGCUUCUACGCGCAUGGGCACGAUCCCGGCGCUCGGGAACGCCGACCGCAAUAUUUUCAGGGAGGAGGUGCGGCGGCAGGAUUAUGCGAGGAGAUGAAAAGCUCAGGCGUUGAUAGGGGAGGGAGAGAGAGAGUGUGUGUUUGCUAAUUAGCCGUCCAUUGUAAAGCCGUGGGUUGAAGAUAAUACCCAAUGUAUUUGCUGGCGAAUAUGGAGUCACAUGGGACGGGGCUUGGAAGGAACGGCGUUGGCGCAACUGAGC